AUGACUACAGAGCACAACCAGUCCUCUGAUAAAGAUAUAUUAAAGGCGGAUAUUCUUCGGUUCCGUUACGGAAUCGAAAGCAAGAAGCCAGAUGGACCCAGCUUUAACGAAGAAAACAUUUUAGAACGAGAAGAUGAAGAUUUUUCGGCCGGAAACUCGAAUAGAGGCAACAAAUGCCUUUAUGAUUCAAAGACUGUGGACUAUCACAAGUUGAAUUCUAGGAGGGACCAUUUCAAGAUGGUGGACAUAAAGACUUUGGAUCCAGUCACUGGAAGACCAACAAAAACAUUUGUUCUUCAGGACAAAAAACUUACUUUGGACCAGAUUGUAAAGAGAGAACUUCGAAGACAAAAGAUUUUAGAUAGGAAAACACAGAAGAAAAUAAGUAGUGAAAACAACAAAAUAUCAGACAAUGAGUACACAGAAGAUUAUGGUGACAGUGAUGGAGAUGACGAUGGAACGGAUGAUGUUGAUCACAUUUUACGAUCGAUCGAUUUUGAAGAUAUACUAGGCCCGAUAAAAUCACCUUUAGAUAUUGUAACACGCAAGCCGCUAAGAAACAUUUAUAAGUCAACACAUCUAAUGGAAUUGGCCACAGAGACAAUUGACAUCAUUGAAAGGGAAAAGCAAAACGUGAAUGAAUUAAGCAAGCUCAUGAAUGUUUUCUUAGGUGAUGAUCCUUCACAUGUGACGGCAGAAGGGCUUAAACUUCCGGAUUACGACCACAACUUGAAUUUGGAAAAAGAGCUGGUUAAAGCAUCAAUCCUAGAAAACAGAAAAAGACCGGCAGAUGAUGGUUCGAUAGAAAGUGAGAGAAAAAGUCGGCAUGUUGAGGAUAAGAAAACAGGGGCAAGGGAUAACACUAGUCUAAUUCCAAAUAGCACAUCCAAUAAUCUAAUCAAUGAUGCAUUUUUUAAGCUCCCGCAGUUUGAAAGUGAUUUAAACUUUGGCCUUAAACGAACACAAGAGGCAGAGGAAACACGUCAACUAAUACAGAUAGCAUUGCAGCGCAAUGAGGAAUUUAUAAGAUCUCUGUCAAAUAUAAGGAUGGGAUUUAUCAAAGCCGAUCGUCUGAAACACACAAUUUAUGGAUGGUGCAAGGAGAUGGAUGAGCAGAAGAAGCAGGAUGAGGAUCUGCUCAAGAAAGAGAAAGCUACUUCGCAUAAGAAAUAA